ACUUAAGGUGUAGCUGUUUUUUUAUCCGUCUUCUUGGGCAACAAAACCGCCUGAAUAUUCGGCAAUACUCCACCCUGGGCAAUAGUUACACCGGCCAGCAACUUGUUGAGUUCUUCGUCGUUACGAAUGGCCAGCUGAAGAUGCCGGGGAAUGAUACGGGUUUUUUUGUUGUCACGGGCAGCAUUUCCGGCCAGCUCCAGGACUUCAGCGGCCAAAUAUUCCAUUACCGCAGCCAGGUAUACGGGAGCUCCUCCACCCACGCGUUCGGCAUAGUUGCCUUUCCGCAUGAGGCGAUGGAUGCGACCAACCGGAAACUGUAAUCCGGCUCGCGACGAACGGGACUUCGGCUUGGCUUUAACUUUGCCACCUUUACCUCGACCAGACAUUAUUUAGGAUAUCUGUAUUAACAAUGACUUAUCGAUUUACAAAUUGAAAACGUAAAACUAAAUUUUCCAAAAUUUGCCUUUUUGUGUAAUUGAUUCGCUCGAAUUGCGAUCGGAAAGGCGUGGCUUACUGUACGAGAGGCGGAGCAAACUCGAGGGGUGAAAAAGUGACAAAAGUGGAAUUUUCGUCCGAAUUUUCAUCAGUCGUGUUCCAACAGUUGACCGAGAAAGAUGGCUCCGAAAUCAAGUCCCAAAGCAGCUACGGCAGCAACAGCGGUGAAAAAAGCUGGCAAAGCCCAGAAAAACAUCGUAAAGACCGAGAAGAAGACCCGUCGUACUCGUCGCCGGGAGAGUUAUUCGAUGUACAUCUUCAAGGUGUUGAAGCAAGUUCAUCCGGAUACGGGAAUUUCGUCGAAGGCGAUGAGUAUCAUGAACAGUUUUGUUAAUGAUGUGUUUGAGCGAAUUGCCGCCGAAUCCUCCCGUCUCACACAUUACAACAAACGUUCGACGGUGACCUCUCGCGAAAUUCAGACCGCCGUUCGGCUGUUACUUCCUGGGGAACUGGCCAAACAUGCCGUUUCCGAGGGAACUAAAGCCGUGACCAAGUACACCAGCUCGAAGUAGGCAGGCCAUUAUUAAAUCGACAAUCAUC